UGUUGAAUGGGACAGGCUACAUUAAACUACAGCGCCUUGUUUUGCAGCGAGAUAACACCACAUGUGGCACGGCGCAGGGUUUAAAUAGUGCGUCGUUGGCGUUGUGUUUUCUCUCCCUGUGUGUGUGCUGGAUUACUGGUCGGUUUUUGGACUCUAUUCGACCUGAAAUGGAGUAAUAGCUGGAACUUUUUUAACGGCUUUUCCUCCGGUUUCGGAUCUGCUCUGCGAUGAGUGAAGAGGAGCUGAGAAGCUCCCCCGCUGCUUUUAGAGAGUGAGGAGGAUUAGGCUGGAGCUCAGUGGAGGCACGACGGCACUCUCACACGGCAACCAGAGCUGGAGCCAUGAGCAGGGCGCUUACGGAGCACAUCAGCAGUAGCUUCCGAGAAGAUGCUCCUCGUCCCCCGGUGCCGGGGGAGGAGGGAGAGGCGUCAUGCUACAACCCCAGCAGAUCUGCCAAAAUGAGAGCCCAGAGCAAGGUUAAAGAUUCCCCCGCCGUCGCCGCCGCGCCUCCCGGCUCCACACCGCGGAGGAACGAGGAUGGACUCGGGGAGCCAGAGGGCAGCGCGUCUCCGGACUCGCCCUUAGUCCGGUGGACAAAGUCUCUGCAUUUUCUGCUGGGCGACCAAGACGGCGCUCACCUCUUCAAGACCUUCCUGGAGCGGGAGAACUGCGUGGACACUUUGGACUUUUGGUUCGCCUGCAACGGCUUCAGACAGAUGGACUUAAAGGAUACCAAAACGUUGCGAGUUGCCAAAGUUAUUUUCAAGCGGUACAUCGAGAACAACAGCAUUGUCGCCAAGCAGCUGAAACCGGCCACCAAGACCUUCAUAAGGGAUAGUAUUAAGAAGCAACAAAUAGACUCUGCCAUGUUUGACCAGGCACAGACGGAAAUUCAGUCGAACAUGGAAGAGAACGCAUACCAGAUGUUUCUGACCUCUGACAUAUACCUCGAAUACGUGCGCACCGGCUGCGAGAACGCGGCGUACAUGAACCACGGCGGGCUGGGCAGCCUCAAGCUGAUGUGCGGAUACCUUCCUCCUCUCAUUGAGGAAGAGGAAUGGAGUUGUACCGACCUGAAGGCGAAAACUUUGGGCUCUGUGGUUGGACUGUCAGCGAAAAACCUGAGGGCUACUGCUACCAUCCGGACAGCAGCAGAAGUGCUGGAGAACAGUUGCAGGUCCCACCGUCGAGGAGACCCCGCCAGCCCCUACUUUGUCAACUCUGGCUACAUUUUUGCCCCCGCCACCAGUGCCAAUGACAGCGAGAUCUCCAGCGACGCCACGACAGAUGAUUCCAUGUCGAUGACGGACAGUAGCGUAGAUGGAAUCCCUCCAUAUAAACUGGGCACCAAGAAGCAGCUCCAGCGAGAGAUGCAUCGCAGUGUCAAGAUCAAUGGCCAGGUUACGCUACCCCACUUUCCUAGGACACACCGGCUGCCUAAGGAGAUGACCCCUGUCGAGCCCUCAGCUUUCGCCGCCCAGCUCAUUGCCCGGCUGGAGAAGCUGAAGCGAGAGCAGGACACGAUGAGCUCGCUGGAGGAGAGACUGCAGCAGAUCCAGGAGGAGGAGGAAAGAGAGGAGAGCAGUGACCUCACUGGCAGCAACUCCCUCCAUCAUCCUCUGCUCCCGUCUGGUAUCCAGUGUGAGGAAGACCCCCAGGCCAUUUUAGACGAGCACCUGUCACGUGUCCUAAAGACGCCCGGCUGCCAGUCACCAGGUGUGGUUCGGCACUCACCUCGCUCACAUUCCCCAGAUCGGACAAGCACAAUAGUGUCCGCUGGCCAUGGGCCCUUCUUUGGUGCUUACCCUGGGGCCACCAAGGUUCUGAUGACAGGCAGGCAGUCCACAAAGCACAUCCACCACCACUACAUCCACCAUCACCAUGCUGGGCCAAAGACCAAGGAGCAGAUUGAGGCCGAGGCGGCUCAGCGAGUGCAGUGCCUCUGCCCUCAAGGGGGCGCCAAUUACUCCGACUUCACACCUGCUCGCUGCAGCACUUUGUCCAGACGGUCCGUCAAGGCCUCCGAUGAGGCCGUGUCUUCGCCGCGCCUUCCCCUAGUUGCCACCGACCGUUCUCAGAAUGUUUGGCAGUGGAUCCUGGAAAGUGAGAGGCAGGGCAAGCACAAGCCACACAGCACUCAAGGCCUAAAGAAGUCCAACCCGCUCGACUCCAAGACGCUGCCCGGUCGAACCUCAUGGGGUGGAGGGGGCAUUGGCAACGGGGCUCACCUCCGCGGUCACCACCCAGGCCACCCUUUCAUCCAGGACCCAGCCAUGCCACCCCUUCCCCCACCCAACACCCUGGCACAGCUAGAGGAGGCCUGCCGCAGACUAGAAGAGGUUUCCAAGCCGCCAAAACAAAGGCACUCAACAGUAGCCAGCUGCCUUCAGAGAGACCGGAGCCAUCCAGCAGCUGCCUUCCCCACUGGAGGCAGCUCUUUAUCCAGCCCUGGACUCCAAACAGACGAGUCCAAGGAGCUGGUGGUCACCUACUUUUUCUGUGGCGAAGAAAUUCCUUAUCGCAGCAUGAUGAAGACCCACUGCCUCACCUUGGGUCACUUCAAGGAACAGCUCAGCAAGAAAGGCAACUACCGGUACUACUUCAAGAAGGCGAGCGAUGAGUUUGAGUGUGGUGCGGUGUUCGAGGAGGUGUGGGAGGAUGCCACUGUGUUGCCCAUGUACGAGGGCAAAGUCCUGGGCAAAGUGGAGAGGAUGGACUAAAAAAAAAAAAAAGUCCACAUUGCUGCCAACCAACCACCCAAUGCCCUUCCCCUCCCAACCAAAAGCUAAGAAACUUGAGCAAGAGACUCUGUAAUUUACACGAAAAAGAACAAAAAACACUUUGGACUCUUUUUCUUAAUUUUUUAUUUUCUAUUUCUUAAUGUUAAGCUAAACAGAGUUAAUAUAUCCAGCACAAGAGGAGUGAUUGAAGGAAGACGAGCCAAUGAAGUAUGCCGAAACCCAGAGGAGGCGCCGCCCCUCCCUGACUUUCUCAACCAAUCAGCCUUAGAAACACAAGGGAAUGACACGAGAGACUUUAAAGAGAGACCAAUACGAAGAUGAUGAUGAUGAUUGGAGGCCAGUGGGGGGGAGACCCUGCCUCUUCUUGAAUAUAACCACUGAAGAUGUAGAUGACUGUUGUGUUGUGAUGUGACGACAGACUGACAGGCGCUGAAGACGCCACCAACCUGCUCUUAACAUUACACUCCAACAAAAACGUCCAUACGUGUGCAUAUACAUACAUGCAUAUAUGUAUAUAUACAUGUAUUAUAUAUAUAGAUGCUUUUUGUCAUGAGUUGAAAUUUUUUUUAUUAAGUAUUUAUUGAAAAAAAACCAACCUUUUACCCCGUUCCCAAAUCUUCUUAAACCUGUGUCCCUCCCCAAUUUCCCUUAUUUCCAGCCAAUGGGCAAGCUGCUUUGAAUGUUGGGAGAAUACUGUGGUGAUACUGUUUGUUUUUUGUUCAGUUUUUAAUGUUACACAACAGGACGUGACGCUAAGCCUAGCACCUCCCAUAGCCUUGUAGCCACAUCCGACCCAAACUAACAACCUUAUCGGUGGUCUUGUCCGAGGCGCGCUCCCUCCGCUAUUCUAAUGGUCAGUCCCAGUCUUAUAUGCUGCUGAUAGUUUCUACCGUUGAGUUUGCCACACUAGCAUUUCCUCUCCUCCCCUCCUUCUCCCCGUUUCUUUUUUUCCUCUUUGUCUCAGUCCGGACAGAGCUCAAUCUUUUUUGUUGUGCCUUUGUUGGUAAAAACCAGGCAUUGCACAGGGAUGGGGGGGUGGCAGUCGCAGACCCACACAGAGAGGAGACCUAGAGCACAAGUUGUACCAUCUAAUAAUGGCAGUGUUUACAGCCCCAACACCAAAAUAACUUGUGCUAACAAGAAUCAGUUUGGGUCGCUGAGAAACGACUUCUUGAGGAAGUCAGCUAGCGUGUCGGAAAACACAAACACACAAAAAAGACAAAAAUUGAAGAAUAAUGGCUCCAGUAUCUUAUGAAUGUUGUUACAAUAACACCGUAUAUAGCAGAGCUCCUGUGUACAUUGUAAUUAUGCAUUCUGAAGUAUGGAUAGUGACACAUGUGAUGCACACAUAAACUACACAUACACACACAAACAACACAACACAUCCAAAAUCGCUGGUGUUUAAUGAGUACAGCACCUGUGCCUACAUGGAUGCCAUACCAUGUGCUACCCUGUUUCAGGGUUUUAAUAUAUAUCCCUUAGUUUUCAGAAGGGUUUUAUGUUGAAAAGAUAUUUUUAUGCUUUUAAUAAUAUCCUGUAAUCAUGUUUUUUGUUUUGUUUUGUUUUUACACCACGGCCUUUUUUUUGUUUUUGGUUCAUUCUAUCUAAACUGUAAAUUAUACAUUAUAUAAAGAGUUUCAUUUAAAGAUUUACAUGGACCUAUAAUUAUUGUAAUUAUUGAGAGAUGUAGCCUUUAUUAAAGUUUUAUAUUUUUCAAAUGAAA